AUGAUAUGGAAUGAAGACUGCGUGUUCGUGAUCUGGAACGAAGACGGACGUGGCGUGUUCAUGAAUUGGAAAGACGGCAGCGGCAUGUGGAUUGUGUUCAUCAACUAA